AGAAAACCUUUUAGUGAGGGGGGAAUUUUCAAUUUUCAGAUUUUGAGGCGAUUUCUCGUAAUUAUCAUCAUCCAGCAUGGCAUCAUCAUCCAUUCUCAUCCCUCCGAUUCUGUCCCGUCGUAACCUCCUCCUCUCCACCACCAUCGCCACCGUAUCUCCUCCACCACCUAAAUCACCUUCCCCUGACAUCACAAUCACCGAUCGCGUCUUCCUAGACUUCUCCCUCUGUCCCACCUACUUCCGCUCAGAUCCCUCCGCCACACUCUCCUCCACCACUCCUUGCUCCGAUUCAACUCCCCUCGGCCGCGUCGUUCUCGGAUUAUACGGCCGUCACGUCCCUUUCACCGUCUCCACUUUCAAACGCAUGUGUACCUCUUCUUCAACCUCUUACAAAAACACUCCAGUUCACAAAAUCUUCCCUGGUCAGUACUUUCUCGCCGGAAGACAAGGGGAAGGACGGCGAUAUUCGGCGGAGGUUGGAUCUUUACUCAGAGAUUUGCCUCGGAACACUGACGUUGUUAAUUCCAAGGCUUUUUCCCUCCCACACGCUCGUGCUGGUGUUGUCUCACUUUGCUUAUCCGAAAAUGAUGACGACGAUGAAACCAGACUCGAUCCUGAUUAUAGGAAUGUUGAAUUCUUAAUCACUACUGGUCCUGGACCGUGUCCGCAGCUCGACGGCGGUAACAUUGUCUUCGGAACCGUGCUUCAAGGGUUAGAUGUGGUGACGAGUAUAUCUUCGAUUCCGACUUAUAAGCCGUCGGAGAACAUUCGACAGUUUAAUGAUUUUGCAGAGUUUCUUGGAGACGAGAGAGCUCAAAACGCUAGAUCCUUGUGGAAUAGACCUCUUAAGGCGGUUUACAUUAGUGGCUGUGGUGAGCUCAAGGUCACUAAUCCUUCACUCUCUCCAACUCUGCCUUAAAACUUUGUAUAUUACAACAUGUUUGGGUCAAGUUGUGUUUAUAGUCACCCUCUAUACAAUCUAUGAAUCUGCUUCUAAAAUACUCUCUUAAUUAAACCCUGUCUUACUAGUAUAUAUAAUAUAUGUGGCAACCAUUUUAAUACUACAA